UUUUUAGAACGCCAGUUCAGACCUCAUCAGCCUCGUCAUUUCGAAGGCGCGUUGACUUCUUCGUGGGUUUCUUUGAAGUCCAGACAUCUGCAACUCUUCUCACAGUCGCGUACUUCCCCGCGGAUGCGCCAAGGGUUUUUCGCGUCUCGAAAUCAUAUAUCCCGAUCAUUUCGGUGCUGUGAACAAGAGGCCGACUGCCUCUGCAGCUGUCGCCAUGGCUACAUCACAGAUGACCAAGAAUCAAAAGCGACGAGCGAAGAAGAAGGCCGAAAAGCAGGCCAAAGUAGAGGAACCUGCCAAAACCGAGGAGACACCUGAAGUCCAGCAGAACGGCGAGGGCACCGAUAAGCCACCAGCGAAUGGCGAGGCAAACGACUCAUCAGAACUCGAUCUAAAGAAAGAGCAAACUUCAGGCAAGAAGGCUGAGCGCGAUGGUCCCGUGUUGCAAGAGUUCGACUUUGACGAUGAUGACCCGGCCUUCUCCAUGUACAAGGACAUCUUCUCAAAGUUCGGCGCAUCUGGAGACGACGACGUUGCCAAAGAAGCCAAUGCAGGCAACACGGGAGAGGUCUUCUUCGAUGAUGACGAUGACAUACCCGAUGAGGUCGACGAGUCGGGGCCGCCAAAGCUCUCCAAGAAGAAGCGCAAAAUGCUCAACAAGCUUUCCAUCGCCGAACUGAAGGCACUUGUCAAAAAACCCGAAGUCGUGGAAUGGCAUGACACAUCAUCAUCAGACCCGAGGUUAUUGGUUCAGAUCAAAGCACAACGAAACGUCGUCCCCGUACCUUCUCACUGGUCCCUCAAGCGCGAAUAUCUUUCUUCGAAAAGGGGUAUCGAGAAGGCGGCUUUCAAGCUGCCCAAGUUCAUUGCAGAUACCGGUAUCGCUGAGAUGCGAGACGCCGUCCUCGAGAAGCAAGCAGAACAGACUUUGAAGCAGAAACAACGAGAACGGGUGGCACCCAAGAUGGGCAAACUUGAUAUCGACUAUCAGCGACUCUACGACGCAUUCUUCCGAUUCCAGGAUAAGCCGACAUUAACACGCUUCGGUGAAGUGUACUACGAGGGCAAAGAGUAUGAGACUGACCUGAGGCAUCUGCGUGCGGGCGAACUGAGCGAAACCCUGAAAGAGGCUCUCAGCAUACCUCCAGGGGCUCCUCCGCCGUGGCUGAUAAACCAACAGCGAUUUGGUCCUCCACCGUCUUACCCAUCUAUCCGCAUUCCUGGUCUUAAUGCGCCUAUUCCGCCAGGUGCACAAUGGGGGUUCAAUCCGGGCUGCUACGGCAAGCCGCCGGUGGAUGAGUACAACCGACCUCUUUUUGGUGGUGACAUUUUUGGUAUCAUGCAACCUACUCAAGGAGCGCAUCCCUCGGGCGAGCCUGUCGAACGGACUUUGUGGGGCGAGCUGCAACCACCCGAGGAGGAGUCUGAAGAGGAAGAAGACGAGGAUGACGAGGAAGAAGAAGAGGAAGAUGUUGGUGCCGGCCUGGAGACCCCGUCGGGUAUGGAAACACCCGGUGGUCUUGCCAGCAGCGUGCCGACGGAAUACGGCACUCAAACCGAGUCGGUGGCUGGUGAGUUCGACCUCCGCAAGAACAGACGCGGAUACGAGACCGAAGAGUCGACACAUCCCCGUGCCGCUUACACAGUCAUUCCGGAACGGCAAGCGAGAGCAGAGGGCUUCUUUGGAAGCGACCGAGUGUACGAUCUCAGUAAAGGGGGUGCCCAGGGUGAUAUGCGUAUUCUGGGGCAAGAUGAGGAUAGAGGCCAAAAGAGAAAGAAGCCCGGCGAUGUCGAUGUGGCCCUGGACCCAGAUGCGCUCAUGAGCGGCGAUGGCCUAAGUAAAGAUGAGGUGCGAAGAAGAUUCGAGGAGCGCAGUAAGGAAGAAGGUCCUGGUGCACAGUGGAGGCGCGAAGAGGGCCUUGAUGAGAUGAUUGCUAGUGAGAGUCGCAAGCGUCUCAAGAGGGACGAGGAGAAGCGCGACGAGAGGAAAAAGGGCAGCAAGUAUAAGUUUUAAGGGGCCAUAAUAUUUGCGGCGUUAAGUUGGGAUAUUGUACUGCAAGGUAAAUAAGAUGUAUAAAAGAGCUAUUGCAUUCAACC